AAUAACAACACACAAGUCUUUUUUCUAGAAAGUUUUCUCUGUUAAAGUCAUAUUUGUGCCACCACACAAAUCAUACAAAGUGUUGUAUCAAUUAAAUAAACAUCACGGAUCGCAGAGAGUCCAGAAACGAAGCGGGGUCAUUUGUCUGAGAGUCUCAAUCACAAGAAUACUAUUUCACUUUUCACUGCAGCGCGCGCUUGUGCUAAUCGAUGGAGAAGGACGCACAAAAUUAGCAAUAAAUUUUGAGCCCUGAAGAUUCUGUCAAAGAUUGGCUGAAAGAAAUUUCGCCGAAAAUUUCAGGCAAUCUGAAAAGACGAGCUCACGAUCACAUUGAUAUUUGAUUGAUUCAACGAGAUAAUAAUAUCAAAAUGGAAUUUGGGGAAAGAGAGCAUUGGAACAACGAGCAACGUAUUAAAGAUUUCAUUGUGGGACACAAAGAGACUGAAGAUUUAAUUUGCGCAUCAACCCGAUUGUUGCACUCAAGAGUCUACAACUUGGUCUCCCUGCGUGAGUUAUGCAUGAGGAGCGUUGUUCUUAACAUGCUUCCCCGGUUCUCAGAGAUCCCACAAUGGAUCGACAGACUGCCUCUAAGACUAAAAUCUGACAUCCUGACCUAUGUCUUGGACAUAAAAGGACCGUAUCGUGAACCUUACUGUUGGCACCAAGAGCGGAGAUACCUGGUCCCAUCUGAAGACAACAACAUUGUGCAGUGGGUGAAAAAAGACAGAAAGCCAGAGUGGCCGAAGGUUACGAUUCCUCUGAGUGUCUUUAGGCAGCUGAUCAACUCUACCCUGCAAAGAUUUGACUUUGACCUGUGUGUUGCUAAAGAAAUGUUCUUUGAUCUUAAUGGUUUGGAUUUCAAAAUUUUGCAAUUCCUUGCAAAGUAUCCGGAGGGCAUGAGGAGCAUUGUGGACAGGCGCAGUGUCACAUAUUUAGCACCAGAGCCCUCAGGGAGCAGAAAUAUUAUUGACCUCCUUAUCCAGUUCACCAACCUGGAACACCUGAACCUUAACACUGUCCGAUUCAGUGAUGAUGACGUCGAGAGCCUGAGCAAGAGUUGCCACCAAUUGAAAAGCAUCACAUUGAUUUAUUCAGCAACACUGACUAUCAAAGGUCUGCAAAUCUUGGGAACCCUUCCUCAAUUAGAAGAACUUACACUAUGUGAAAAGCUUAGCAGAGGUGCUCACUAUCAGGAAGCUUUGAAAAUAAUUCCCCAAUUAAAAAGAAUCAAUAGAUUAGACAUGAAUGAUUCUUUAGGAAUGGAAAACUUUGAUUCUUGUAUCUAUUUGAAUAUUCGGCAGGCUCGUGAACACACGUUCAGACUGGAGCGUCUCAGUACUUUCAUUCGAGGCAGUGAAGACGACAUCUCUAAAUGCCUGUCUAAUUUGAGGGAGGUUGUCGUGUGCGAACCUUUAAACGACGAUGAUAAUGACAGACGCAAUUAUUUUCCUGGAGCAAAGCUCUUGCGAACACUGCCCUUCCUAACAAGUCUCACAAUAAUAGAUGCUUAUCACGGUGCUUCAAGUUACAAUAAUAUUGGCACCUACCUAGAGGUUCUUGGGCCCAAACUUACUCAUGUAUGCGUGAUUGGAAGCGGCUACUGUGUGGACGUGUUUAGAAUCCUCCUUCUUUGCCCCAACCUGACGUCUCUGAGAAUCGAAGACUACCUUGCAAAGAGAUAUCAGAGUGAAGUCAUCAUUGAUCCCCAGCAGCUUAAGCUCAGGCAGCUUCACCUCAAAAGCACCUCUUUAGACCCCAAUUAUGCUAACUUUUCAAGGCUUCUGCUUGCCCCUGAGUUGCACACAGUCCGCCUUGAAAACAUCUUCAUCUCUCCAGAUGAUAUCCUGAAUGGCUCAAAACCGUUUUUGCUGAAUCUCGUUCACUUCCACUCAAGUUUAUUAGUGGAAUCGAAUAAGACUUACGACCUGCACGUGAAGUUUUUGAAGCUCAUUGUUGAACAUUGCACUAGGUUGCAAACCUUUGAAAGCAGAGUUAUACCAUACUAUCAUGUACACUUGCUUAUCUCGCUUGCGGACAUCUCUCAAGCUCGAUGUCAUUUUUCUGUCAAAGAUUCCAAUUAAUACACAUUUUUUUUAACAUUCUGAAUAUACUGAGUGGAGAAUAUUUUGUUCUUUAUAAGGAAAUUUUGGGGUAUAUUCAAAAUAUCAAAUUAUAUUUUUUAAUUGUGGUAAAAAUAAACAAAAUGUAUGAGAAAUGAAGCAUAGAAGUUUGUUCAAGAGACGCGAAAAAGCCUAUAGGCUUAAAAAAUUAUUUUGCAGCGAAGAAGAAGAAACACAUAUUUUUUUCUUUAGAUAAAACACCGGUUGUAGGUGUGGGGUAGCGCUUAAUUGCCCCUAAUGUUCCUUAAUAAUAAUUUAUUCUCCACACUGAUUCUCAUUUUAUUCAAGAUAUAUAAUCAAUUGCAUUUCCCGUUCUAUAUUUUUUGAUUAAAAUACUAAA